GGGUGCAAAUAUCUUUUUCAAUUCAUAAGACUUCAAAAUAAUUUUUUGCAUAAAUUCACUAAUGACCCUUGUCUAAACUAAAGGUAAAUUUGCCCAAUUUUUUCUCUACUUCCCCAUUGCUUUUUCACUGCUCGUCUGCAAUGUCCACCAUUUUUGUACCACAAAAGAGAAAGAAAACCUUAACCCAGAUUCAGUUAGGUAAUUUGAAAGAACUAGCAAAGGCUACAUAAAUCAAUCCAAAAAAUCCCUCUUUACUGGAAUUCCAAAUAGUAAGCAUUUUCUUGAUCUAUUUUCCAGCUAUUCAAUGUAAAAUGUUUGUUUUUAGGCACCAUUUUGCUCAUUCUUGGUCAAAGUUUACUCUUUUGUGUAUUAAAGAUCCUAACUUUAGUAAAAUUACUUGUUUGAAUACUUUGUGCUAUCAUUCAUAUAUACACCCUUUUAGCUUUAGUUCAAGAAAAUUGUUUUCUUGCCCAUUAAAUUCUAGACCACUUUUCUCUCACACCCAAUUUGGCAUUUUAGCUACAAAACCAUCCUUGUUUGUUUUUAGGCACCGUUUUGUCCAUUCAUGGUUAAAAUUAAGCCUUUUGCGUGUUAAAGAUCCCAGCUUUAGUAAGAUUACUUGCUUGAAUACUUUGUGUUGUCAUUCAUAUGUGUACCCUUUUAAGUAUAGUUCAAGAAAAUCUUUUUCUUGGGCAUCAAAGUGUAGAGUUGGUUUAGCUCACACCCAACUCGGCGUAGUAUCUAAAAGAAGGACACAGCUGUCCACUAAAGCUCCUUCUAUGCACGGGGUACGAGGAAGGGCUGGACGACAAGGGUCUAUUGUAUGUAGCCUUAGCCUGCGUUUGUUUCCACUGCUUGAACCCAUGACCUCUUGGUCACAUGGAAACAACUUUACCGGUUACUCCAAGGCUCUCCUUCAAUCCAGCAUGGUGUCUAUAAAACCAUUAUUUCCUGUCAAUUUCUAUUCUUCAAAUGCACCUGGAUGGUUAAGAGGACCCCCAUCGAGAUCUUUGAGAAAAAGGAUGAAUAGAAGAGCAAGAAUUGCAGCAAUGCCUGUUCUUGAUGAAUCACAGUUUCAAAAUGCUGUAUCUCAGCUUCCACCUCGAUUUACCCCUGAAGAACUUAGGGGUGUCAUGGAUUCACAAAGAGAUCCUUUAGUGUGUUUGGAGUUGUUCAAUUGGGCGACGAAACAACACCGGUUCAGGCAUAAUGUUUCGACAUACCAUCUUGUUAUACAAAGGCUCGGUGAAGCGAAUAUGUAUAAAGAAAUGGAUGAUGUUGUUAAUCAAGUGCUUGCUAUUCGAUCUAUUGGGUCUGAGGAACUUUUCAAUUCGAUGAUUUAUUAUUUCACAGAAGCUAGGAAGUUGACCAGAGCUGUGAUGAUAUAUAAGCAUAUGUUAAACAGUAGGAAAUUUGAUUGUAGGCCGUCGAUUAAAACUUACAAUAUUCUUUUCGCGGCGCUUCUUAGUAGGAGGAGUAAUUCAUAUAUAAAUCAUAUUUAUAUGGAUGCUAUAAGGUCCCUGUUCAAACAAAUGGUUGAUAAUGGGAUUGAACCAGAUAUAGUUUCCUUGAAUACCAUGAUAAAAGGGUAUGUGCUUUCGCUUCAUGUCAAUGAUGCUCUCAGGAUAUUUCACCAAAUGGGUGUGGUCUACGAGUGCCAGCCCAACUCAUUUUCAUAUGAUUAUCUGAUCCACGGGUUAUGUGCACAAGGCCGAACAAAGAAUGCUAAGGAAAUUUAUGAUAAGAUGAAGUGCAGAGGAUUUAUUCCUAGUAGUAAAUCAUACAACUCGCUAGUGAACUCUUUCGCUCUUGGCGGAGAGGUUGAUGAGGCUGUGAAAUUCUUAUGGGAGAUGCACGAAAGACGAAGAACAAUUGACUUCAUCACCAUCAGAACAGUAAUUGAUGAAGUUUGCAGGCAAAGAUGUGUGCAAGAUGCCAUUAUCUUGUUGAAGGAGUUGCAGGAUAAGGAUCUUGUCGACGGUCUUACCCAUAGCGAGCUUCUGUGUGAACUUGAAGAUGACAUUGAUAAUUUCAAUGUCAGAAAUCUUUGAAGCCAAUAAAACAAUCUGACGUGGUGAAUUUGGGGAAAACAGUUUCUAUUGGCAAGAGCUAAACCUACUGAGUGCUUGGCUUGAAACGUUGGCAGGCUGCACCAAGUUUAGUUUAUCAAGGGGUGGGAAAAAAGAACUCAUUUUUCAUGGAGAAAUGAGAGAGCUGCCAGAACACAACAUGUUUUCCUCAUGGAAGAUGUAUAUGCGUGUAAUAUGGAAUGGGAAGCAAGAGUUAAAGAGACAAGAUGAAUCCCUUAAAAAGCUUUCUUCUUAUGGAUAGACGAGGGCAGCUUGAUGCAUUAAACUACCGCUAUGUGUGGGAAUCAUGAAGCUUCAAACACGCGACACCUAGUACAAAAGAUGAGCCAAUGAGGCUCCUGACCAAAUGAGCUAUGUAGCUCUUCUUAUGAGCUAGAUCUGAUUAGAUACAUCAAUUGUAUAGUUGUUCUCCUUCUACUUAUAAUGCUAUGUAGCUAACUUACUAGCUUUGCUUGGAAAGUACACUUCCUUUAUGUAGUCAAACUUACAAGCAUGUCAUUUUCUAGUACUUUGUGUACUCACUUAUGGGCAGAAGUGAUUUUUGUUAUAAUCAUACAUAUUUUAAUUUUUUA